UUGUGCGAAGCGAGCAGGCACCACACACGUCGCGGCCUCGAGCGUAAGCUGGCGAGCAAGCAAGCCCAACCGCCCCUCAUGCCCACGUGCGGCGAGUACACUACGCGGGCCCAGCCGCGGCGGCGGGCCGAGAUGGCCGCCCAAGAGCCGAUCUUCCUCAGGAAGACGUUCGAGAUGGUGUCCGCGUGCAGCAAGAGCGACGGUGAAAAUCUGGCGUGCUGGAGCCCUACCGGGGAGACCUUUAUCGUCAAGCACCCGGACGCCUUCUCCAGUGUUGUCAUCCCAAAGUUUUUCAAGCACAGCAAAUUCAGCUCAUUUGUGAGGCAGCUCAAUUUCUACGGUUUUCGCAAGGUGAAGUCCAAGGCCUCGGGCGCAGGCGUCAACAGCAAGUGGUGGGAGUUCAAGCACGACCUCUUCCACCGGGACAAGAGCCACCUCCUCGCGGACAUGCGACGCGCGACGCACUACGGCGUCGCCGCCGACAAGCAGGAGGUAGAGCAGCUUAGGUCGGAGGUCACCCGCCUCCGCAGCCACAUCCACGACAUGGGCGACAAGAUCGGCCAACUCACGUCCCUCGUGGAGUCUCUCUCCGUCGAAGGCCACGCCGGCAGCGGCGGCGAUACCACCGUCGAAGGGCCCGCCGGACAAUUGGCGGUGAGCCAUCGCCGUGGUCCAACCCCCCCGCCAGGCGGGGACGAGCUCUGCGGAGUCCGGGCCGGCCUCGGGCGUCUGUCGUUCGGGUUUGAUGCGGCGGCGGGCGACCAAGAGGGGGACGGGGAGGACUUGCGGUUUAGCCUGCCGCCUGCGGUACCGGCCGGCGCGUGCGGCGUCCCCGACCGGAGCGACCUCGAGGACGUAGAGGUCGGCCUUGCCGACGACCCGGCCCUCGGAUCGUUCUUGCCGCUGCGCGCCCGAUCUCGGAAGCGCAAGCUCGUGCGGUUCGACGGGGUCUUGGCGAACGGCAGCGGAAGCGGCGGCGGAGGCGUUGUCAAGCAAGAGGUACGAGGAGGAGGAGGAGGAGGAGGAGGAGGCCACUCGCCGGCAGUGAUCAAGCAGGAGAUGGCGGUGAAGCAGGAGAUGGUGGUCGACCCGAUGGAUGCCGAGAGCGAACUCGCGGGAGGCGGUGAUCUUGGCGCCUUUGCGUCGAAUUCGACCCCCCCGCUGGCGGAAACGCCAUCAGCGGAGUUAGUCAGCGGUUUCGGCGGGGGCAGCAGCAGCAGCAGCAACGAGUUCCUCCACGGCUUUGCCGAUCAGUUUCUUUCCACUGAGUCGCCAACGGCGAGCUACAUGUUGCCUGAUCGAGGGGGUGCCGGCGACGGCGAUUUCACGGCCGCCAGCACCAGCGACGACGUUGCGUUCUCUGCUGCUGCCAUGACGGGUAAUUGGACCAGCGUAGUCCAGGGCGGCGCCGGCUGCAGGGCCUGUUCUUGUGUUGCACCUGACGGCGGUUCGUUAAACGGCCGGGGGAGCGGCGGUGGCACCGACAACGGCAGCUGCUGCUGUGGCGGUGGCACUAGGGACGGUAGACAAGCUCGCCACGCAAUGGAAGAGGACUUCAACGUCGAAACCUGCGAGACGGGGCAGACGGACGAGUCAUCGAUACCAUCGAUACCAUCACCACCGCCUUCGUUGUCAUUGAAUACUCGGAGCGGGCAGAGUGCCGUGGUGCAGAGGGCGCUGCAGCAGCAGCAAACACAGCAGCAGCAACUGCAUGCUGUAGAGGACGCCAGGGGCAAGUCGAGCGGGGCAGCUGGGCCCUCACCUUUUCCACCGCCGCCGCUGCGCACAGGGGAGGAGCUCAAGGAGGGACUGUCGACGCUGAUGCAAAACCCCGCGCUCCUAGCAGCUCUGACGGAAAAGCAACGAAGCAGCUACAGCGAGAGCGGGAGCAACCGCAGCUCACCAACAAAUAAUAGCGCACCAACUGCUGCCGCUGCUGGGCCCCAAAUGGCCGAAAGCGACGCGAGGGCGACUGUUGCGGAGAAGGGACAGGCACGUCCGCGAACCCGCUCGGGAGCAGUCGCUGCCGCCGCUUCGGCCAUGUCGGCGGCUUGCAGCAAAGGGGGCGGGAGUUGCGCUCCUGCUGGUGGUGCAGGCGGGGCGGCGGGAGGAGGGUGCUCGUCGGGGCGGUCGCGAGGUCGCGGCGAGUUCGGGCAGCGGUUUCCGAGGUCGGAGGAGGCGUGCGCGUGAACAGCGCGGCGGAUUCUAGGGGUCAUCCCCAUCGUGUGCCGUGUGGCGCUAGUGCUUGUCUUUGUAGAAACAGUUUCACUUGAUGACACGGUAGGGGGCUGUUACUGUUCGCUCGUUUUAUUUUUAUCGUUCACCACGAGACGAUAUUUGUGUGGCAGAAUUAAAGUCAAGCGCCCUUAUUUAAGCGUCAUUUUCCAAGAGGCUGGGAGUCAAGCGGAGGAGGUUGGUGUUGCAUCCGUGCGCGAGUACAUUUAACUAUUUGCUGUGCACAUGUUCUCUCGUAAUGUUUUAUCAGCAGGUGAACGUUGCGUCGUUGUUGAGAUUCACCGUCUAUUUUGUGUUUUCUCUGAAAGAGAGGAUUGAUUAUGAUGUGAUGCGGCAUCAGCUAGAUAGAUGCGUGGCGUGCAGUUUCGGUGGCGUUGACAAUACAAUGGUUUUCCGAUUGUUCAACUACAGAAAUGAUCUACAGCGCGUGUGUCGAAAGAAGGCGUGUAUUCUGCCGUGCGAUAUGACGGUCUAUACGAGUACGAGGUGGUACACAGCAGUAAAACACUUAAUACACCCCGUUCAGGGGGACGAACGGACGUGGGUGGACUAAUACUCGCAGCUGUCCCUGUUGCGGUCUCGUUGUUGUUGUCACCAUCGGUUCUUUAGGGAAAGGAAGAUGAAAACGUGAUUUGGAUGUUAUGCCUACUCGUUUUGGUCGAUAAAC